AUGGCAGAUUGUGAAAGAGCUGAAGAAAUGCAAGAAAAUUACCAGAGAAAUGGAAAACUGCAAGAACAACUGCCCAAAGUAAGGCAGCAAGUUGUUGGACCUAUUGAGAUAUUUCGCUUUGCUGAUGGACUAGACAUCACGCUCAUGAUGUUGGGAUUACUGGCAUCACUAAUAAAUGGGGCCUGUCUUCCUGUAAUGUCACUGAUUUUAGGAGAAAUGAGUGACAACCUUAUUAGUGGAUGUCUAGUCAAAACCAACGCAACAAAUUAUCGGAACUGUACUCAGUCUCAAGAGAAGGUGAAUGAAGAUAUGAUUGUGUUGACCCUGUGUUACGUUGGAAUAGGAGUUACUGCCUGGGUUUUUGGCUACAUGCAGAUUUCCUUUUGGGUUAUGACUGCAGCACGACAGACCAAAAGAAUUCGAAAACAGUUUUUUCAUUCAAUUUUGGCUCAGGACAUCAGUUGGUUUGACAGCUGUGAUAUUGGUGAACUUAAUACACGCAUGACUGAUGACAUCAACAAAAUCAAUGAUGGUAUUGGAGACAAGAUUGCUCUGUUGUUUCAAAACAUGUCUACUUUUUCUAUUGGCCUGGCGAUUGGUUUGGUGAAGGGCUGGAAACUCACUCUGGUGACUCUGUCCACAUCUCCUCUUAUAAUUGCAUCAGCAGCCAUGUUUUCUAGGAUAGUCAUCUCAUUGUCUAGUAAGGAAUUAAGUGCUUAUUCCAAAGCUGGGGCUGUAGCAGAAGAAGUCUUGUCAUCAGUCCAAACAGUCAUAACCUUUGGGGCCCAGGAGAAAGAAAUCCAAAGGUAUACACAGAAUCUAAAAGAUGCAAAGGAUGUUGGCAUUAAAAAAGCUAUAGCUUCGAAACUCUCUCUUGGUGCUGUGUACUUCUUUAUGAAUGGAACCUAUGGACUUGCUUUUUGGUAUGGAACCUCCUUGAUUCUUCGUGGAGAACCUGAUUAUACCAUCGGAACUGUUCUUGCUGUCUUCUUUAGUGUAAUCCAUAGUAGUUAUUGCAUUGGAGCAGCAGCCCCUAACUUUGAAAACUUCACUAUAGCUAGAGGAGCUGCCUUUAAUAUUUUCCACAUUAUUGAUAAGAAACCUGCUAUAGAUAACUUUUCAACAACAGGAUAUAAAUUGGGAUGCAUAGAAGGAACUGUGGAAUUUAAAAAUGUUUCUUUCAGUUAUCCAUCAAGACCAUCUAUCAAGGUUCUAAAAGGUCUGAAUCUCAAAAUUAAGUCUGGAGAGACAGUGGCCUUGGUUGGCCCCAACGGCAGUGGGAAGAGUACAGCAGUCCAACUUCUGCAAAGGUUAUAUGAUCCUGAUGACGGCUUUAUCACAGUGGAUGGUAAUGACAUCAGAACUUUAAAUGUGCAACAUUAUCGAGAACAUUUUGGAGUGGUCAGCCAAGAGCCCGUUUUGUUUGGGACCACCAUUAAUAACAAUAUUAAAUAUGGACGAGACGGCGUGACUGAUGAAGACAUUGAGAAGGCAGCAAAGGAAGCAAAUGCCUAUGAUUUUAUAAUGGAGUUUCCCAGGAAAUUUAAUACUUUGGUAGGGGAAAAGGGAGCUCAAAUGAGUGGAGGGCAGAAACAGAGAAUCGCGAUUGCUCGAGCUUUAGUUCGAAACCCGAAGAUUCUAAUCUUAGAUGAGGCUACAUCUGCCCUAGAUACAGAAAGUGAAUCACUAGUUCAAGCUGCACUGGAGAAGGCAAGCAGAGGUCGGACUACAAUUAUGGUAGCUCACCGACUUUCCACUAUUCGAAGUGCAGAUAUGAUUGUGACCAUAAAAGAUGGGAUGGUAGUGGAAAAAGGAACACAUGCUGAACUAAUGGCAAAACAAGGUCUAUAUUAUUCACUUGCAAUGUCACAGGAUAUUAAAAAAGCUGAUGAAGAGAUGGAAACAAUGGCAUAUUCUACUGAAAAAAAUACCAAUUCAAUUCCUCUGCGCUCUAUGAAUAGCAUCAAGUCAGACUUUGCUGACAAGUCUGAGGAAUCCAUCCAAUGUAAAGAGACAAGUCUUCCUGAAGUUUCUCUAUUAAAAAUUUUUAAAUUAAACAAACCUGAAUGGUCUUCUGUGGUUCUGGGGACAUUGGCUUCUAUUCUAAAUGGAACUGUUCAUCCAGUAUUUUCUAUCAUCUUUGCAAAAAUCGUAACUAUGUUUGAAAAUGAUGAUAAAACCACAUUAAAACAUGAUGCAGAAAUAUAUUCCAUUCUAUUUGUCAUUUUGGGUGUUAUUUGCUUUGUCAGUUAUUUCAUUCAGGGAUUGUUUUAUGGCAGAGCAGGGGAAAUUUUAACCAUGAGAUUAAGACACUUGGCAUUUAAAGCCAUGUUAUAUCAGGAUAUUUCCUGGUUUGAUGAUAAGGAAAACAGCCCAGGAGCCUUAACAACAAUACUAGCCACAGAUAUAGCACAAAUUCAAGGAGCAACAGGUUCAAGGAUUGGUGUCUUAAUACAAAAUGCAACUAACAUGGGACUUUCAGUUAUCAUUUCUUUCAUACAUGGAUGGGAGAUGACACUCUUGAUUCUGAGUAUUGCUCCAGUACUUGCUCUGUCAGGAAUGAUUGAAACUGCAGCAAUGACUGGAUUUGCCAACAAGGAUAAGCAAGAACUUAAGCGUGCUGGAAAGAUAGCAACCGAAGCCGUGGAGAAUAUACGUACUAUAGUGUCAUUAACAAGGGAAAAAGCCUUUGAACAAAUGUAUGAGGAGAUGCUUCAGACUCAGCACAGAAAUACCUUGAAGAAAGCACAGAUCACUGGAGUCUGUUAUGCAUUCAGCCAUGCCUUUGUAUAUUUUGCCUAUGCAGCAGGAUUUCGAUUUGGAACCUAUUUAAUUCAGUCUGGCCGAAUGACCCCAGAGGGCAUGUUCAUAGUUUUUACUGCAAUUGCAUAUGGAGCUAUGGCCACUGGAGAAACACUUGUUUUGGCACCUGAAUAUUCGAGAGCCAAAUCUGGGGCUGCACAUCUGUUUGCUUUGUUGGAAAAGAAACCAUCUAUAGACAGCUAUAGUCAAGAAGGGAAAAAACCAGACAUAUGUGAAGGGAAUAUAGAGUUCCGCGAAGUCUCUUUCUUCUAUCCAUGUCGCCCAGAUGUCCUCAUCCUUCGCAGCUUAUCCCUUUGUAUUGAGAAAGGGAAGACAGUAGCAUUUGUUGGGAGCAGUGGCUGUGGGAAAAGCACUUCUGUCCAACUUCUACAGAGAUUUUAUGACCCAGUGAAAGGACAAGUGCUGUUUGAUGGUGUGGAUGCAAAGGAAUUGAAUGUACAAUGGCUCCGUUCCCAAAUAGCAAUCGUUUCUCAAGAGCCUGUGCUCUUCAACUGUAGCAUUGCUGAGAACAUCGCCUAUGGUGAUAACAGCCGUGUUGUGUCAUUGGAUGAGAUAAAGGAAGUAGCAAGUGCAGCAAAUAUCCAUUCUUUUAUUGAGAGUCUCCCCGAGAAAUACAACACGCAAGUUGGACUGAAAGGAACACAGCUUUCUGGUGGCCAGAAACAAAGACUAGCUAUUGCAAGGGCUCUUCUCCGAAAACCAAAAAUUUUGUUGUUGGAUGAGGCCACUUCAGCCCUUGACAAUGAGAGUGAAAAGGUGGUUCAGCACACCCUUGAUAAGGCCAGUAAGGGGAGGACAUGCCUAGUGGUGGCUCACAGACUCUCCACAAUACAGAAUGCAGAUUUGAUAGUAGUUCUGCACAAUGGAAAAAUAAAGGAACAGGGAACUCAUCAAGAGCUCCUGAGAAAUCAAGAUAUGUAUUUUAAAUUAGUAAAUGCACAGUCAGUGCAGUGAUGCUGUUGAAGAUGUAGCACAUGUUUUGAUCUUUGUGUAAUGCAAAGGAAGAGUACUUAGUAAUUAUUUGGCAGGCUUUGAUCUCUUUUAUUGCAUGUAUCAAUACUUAGAAUCAUGCUAUUCGUGUACGGACAUGUUCUGUUUACACACCAUCUUCCCCUCAGAUUUUUAAAAGGAAACAAAAACUUGCUAAACUCAUUUAAGUGAGAUAAUGCCUAUGUCCCUCACUUCAUAAAAAAGCGUAUUUGCUUAUAAAGCAGUUUGCUGCAAAGUCACUCUCUUUUCCUAUCAACUUCUGCUAUAAAAUUGGGAAUAUAGUGCCCGUUAAUUAAGUUGGAAGAUUUUAAGCAAAGAGAGAGUAAGUUGUAGUUGGGUCUGUGACAUUGCAGGAAGAAUGAUUUUAAUUUGGAACUUCCCGAAUUUUGUAGCACAUAUUAGAGUAUUUUGAGCUAGUCCUUUUCUCCAGACCAUAGGACUUUCUCUCAUUUUAUCUCUGUCAAUGCUUCUUUUAAUAAAUAUCCACUAUUUCCCAAAAUCCCAUUAUAUGCCUUUGUCAGGGGGAUGGAGAGAAUUACAAUGUAAAAUUUCUGGCAGAAUUAGGUAGUUAUCUUCCACUUCAGUAAGAGGAAAUGCUUCACAUGAUCCAUUCUGAAGAUAUCAUUAUUCCAAGCUUUGGGUUUGGCAGAAUAAAUCACAGACUUACCUGUGUAUGAAUACUUAAUUUACUUAAAAUAAGAGCUACUUCUAUUAUGGGUAAAAAACUUUAAAUGUCUUUAUUAUUAUUAAAUCAAGUAACUUGUUUAAAUUUUAUAUGUACUUUAAU